GAUUAGCCGUUAGAAAGAGACCAUAACUUCCUUGCUUUUUCUUUGGCUGUUUGUGUACUAUAUAAGCAAUGUCUUUGGUAUUUAUUCUACACACUCACUAGUCUUUAUCAAUCACCAAAGGCUCUGUUAUCUUCUCUCGAAAAUGGCAACAUUGAAGCUGAAGUUAAUGCUUCCUCUACUUUUCCUGUUCAUGAUUCCUCCAAAACCAGCAUAUGGGGAGUUUGAGCAAUGGUGUGUUGCUGAUGAACAGGCCACACAGAAUGAAUUGCAGACAGCUUUGGAUUGGGCUUGUGGAAAAGGAGGUGCAGAUUGCAGAAAGAUUCAAGUGAACCAACCUUGCUAUCUUCCAAACACGUUAAAAGACCAUGCUUCUUAUGCCUUCAACAGCUACUAUCAGAAGUUCAAGCACACUGGUGGUUCUUGCAACUUCAGAGGUGCUGCCAUGACAACAGAAACGGAUCCUAGUCAUGAUUCUUGUCACUAUGACUUCAUUCCAUGAUCGCAACUGUGACAGAACUUCAAAUAACUGCAGCAAUAACGAGAAGUUGGACUUUUUUCUGGGUCCCAAACUCCAAUUAAGCAUUUUUUUGUAGAUUUUUUAUUUUAUAAUAUGGAUAGAGCUGAAAUUUUCCUUUGCAAUUGCAAAAACUAAUAAAUUAAUUUCUUUUUUCCUACCUUAA